AUGACGAAGCCGCCGGCACCGGCGGUUCCGUCGCCUGAGCCGCUGCCGCGCCUCGCCGGUGGGCGUGGGCCGCGCGGCCUCCGAUCCCUGCCCGCGCUCUCCUACAACACCCACCGCGCCCUCGUCCUGGGGCUCACCUUCCUGGCCUACGCGCUCUACCACGCCUCCCGCAAGCCGCCCAGCAUCGUCAAGCGCGAGCUCGCCCGGUCCUGGCCGCCCUUCGCCGACCCGGCGCUCCUCGGCGCCACCGACGUCGCCUUCCUCACCUCCUAUUCCCUCGGCAUGUUCGUCGCCGGCCACCUCGGCGACUGCCUCGACCUCCGCCGCUUCCUUGCCUUCGGCAUGGUCACCAGCGGCGCCGCCGUGGCGCUCUUCGGCGCCGGGUACUUCCUCGGCCUGCAUUCCCUCGCGUUCUACGUCGUCGCCCAGGUGAUCGCCGGCCUGCUCCAGUCCACGGGCUGGCCCUCCGUCGUCGCCAUCGUGGGCAACUGGUUCUGCGGCCGGAGGCGCGGCCUCAUCAUGGGCGUAUGGAACGCGCACACCUCCGUCGGGAACAUCACCGGAUCGCUUGUCGCCGCCGCCAUGCUUGGGUACGGGUGGGGAUGGUCGUUCGUGGUCCCCGGUGGGCUCAUUGCGCUCGGUGGCGUUCUUGUGCUUUUCUUCCUCGCGCCAUACCCCCAGUACGUCGGCUUCGGCCCGUCGCCGAUUGAACCGGUCACUGAUGAGAGCACCGAUGGGGAGGACAUCAGUGCCGCAGUUGCCUACACGUUUCUGUACUGGCUCCCAUUCUACUUGAGCCAGACUGCUAUUGGAGGCCAGCAUAUGUCAGCUGCAUCUGCUGGAUAUCUAUCAGUUUUGUUUGAUGUAGGUGGAAUAGUUGGGGGAGUUCUGGCUGGCUUCAUAUCUGACCAGCUCAAUGCUAGGGCAACCACUGCUGCCGUUUUCAUGUACUUGGCGAUUCCAUCUCUUUUCCUCUUUCAUGCAUAUGGUAGUACCUCAAAAGCGACAAACAUUGGCUUGAUGAUGAUCAGUGGCCUGUUUGUUAAUGGACCCUAUGCUCUCAUAACAACUGCUGUUUCUGCUGAUUUGGGAACUCACAAAUCCCUUAAAGGAGAUUCUCGAGCAUUGGCCACGGUAACGGCAAUUAUAGAUGGGACAGGAUCUCUUGGUGCUGCAUUAGGACCAUUCAUAACGGGCUUCAUUUCAAGAAAAGGGUGGGAUUCAGUAUUCAUAAUGCUUGCACUUUGUGCACUAGUUGCUGCUGUAUCGUUGUCAAGUCAUGUGAAAACAGAAAUUCCUCAGAUCAUCCAGAAGUGGAGAAAUCGCUCAACUAAUACGCGGAAUGGAAAUGCAGAUCCUGGUGUUCAGCCACUUCUAGUGGACGAAAGUUGA